AUGAAGAACGUACACGUACAAGGCCGGCUGCUCGGCGCAGGACGGGAUUCUCCGACGGGCUGUGUUUCUCCAGCGAAACUAUUGCAACGGGGCCAUACGACGGGCGGCCCUAGCACUCUCACAGGCAGGCCCUCAUUGCCGUCGGGUAUCCGUCGGGCUGGUGCUGAUUCCACCGCGUCUUGGCUGUGCAGCAGCAGCACGCCGGGUGUCGCCAACACGACAGGGAGACGUGCAAAAGCAGCCCACGGAGCUCCCGUCUUGAGCGAACGGUUGUCUGUAGACCCCCGUCCAUGCUGCCCGUCACUGACCACAUGUGCGCCCGUUCGCAGCCACCGUGCAGGCGAGGAGCGGGACACCCCCUUGUCUUCACCCCAUGCAUGCGGCGUUGAGAAGAACUUGCACAUUCGCACACAGAGUCACACACACCAACCCCACGACGCGUGUGGGAACCCCUGGCCCUGGAUCAUGUCUGUUUCCCAACUGUCACAGGGGGUGGUGCUCUGCUCCAAAGUUUUUUUUCUUCCUUUCUCGUUUUCCUUCUUUCUCCCUCAGAGGCCCGAGCAUUGGAUGGGACCUGGGGGGAACUGGCAUGUCACCGAUGUGGGCGAGGUGGACGAUAUCAAGUCCACGGGCGCGGGUCCCCCUCCGCUGAAACAAGGAUUUGAUGACCGACAGGACGGGAACGACGGAAAGCUUGGGGGGGAACGGCCCUCCACUGCUGCGCUCCAUAGGUUGGAGAGACCUUGGGCUGCCUGCCCUGUGGGCGCCCGCCGUCCAGGAUGA